UCAGCACCACCAUCCCGCGCAUCCCUUCAUGCGCGCUCUGGGCACGGAGGUGGAGGCGGAGGCGGGGGUCUCUCGCUCUUUCGGUCUCUCUACCGGUUCAGCCAUUUCAAUAUUAACCAGCGCGAGGGAUAUUUUGGGUGGCACUGCCACUGAAACAUCUCACUGAAAUCGCAUCAUUUCUUGUCGUUUUCAAGAAAGGCAUCACCGGGAUGUCGAGUCUGCUGGAUAACCCUCUGCAGGCGGUGCUGUAUCUAAAGGAGCUCACCGCCAUCGUGCAGAACCAACAAAGUCUCAUACAAACCCAACGCUAUCGGAUAGACAUACUCGAGCGCCGAAUGGAAGAUUUAGUGCUCGAGAACCGGCAGCUACGGGACUCCAGCGGCCAUCACCGGCACCCUCCCCGGUAUCAUCCGCCUCCGCCCCCCCGGACCUCCAGCCUGCCCCGAACGAGUCCGGCCAGCAGAGACAGAUCGCCUUCCGUUCAAUCGCAAACCCAGGAGCAUCAUUCCCCGCAGGACAUGCAGCUCGUGCCCGCUGGACCCAGCAGUACAAGUCCAGAACCCAUUGAUCAAGAUGAUGAAGCUCAGGACCCCUGCUGUCGCUCCCUGGUCCCACAAACACCUGCCACCAUGUGUCGAGCUGUGGGACUUCCACGAGCAUCCGAGAGCCAGACGGUCCUGCACCAGUUCUGCUGUCCUGCGCCUGAACCUUCAGAUGGAGACUCCAUAACCUGCUCCGGCUCGACUCCUGCUGCAAGAGAGGAAGAGAGAGCUGAGAAAAAACCCACCGAGUCUGAUGUCGCUCCCUGCUCACAUCCUCCAGAAUACGAGCGCUCACCUGAUCUCAAACAAAAACAGAUAGAGGAGUUGGAGCAGAAGUAUGGCGGUCCUCUCAUUUCCCGGCGUGCGGCCUGUAAGAUCCAGACUGCUUUUCGUCAGUACCAGCUGAGUAAAAACUUCCAGAAGAUUCGGAACUCGGUUCUGGAGAGCGGGAUUCCACGACGGAUGUCGGUGCGCAGGGUCCGGGUUCAGAGGGACGGGUUUUCUGCUGAACGUUCUCUGAUGGAGGGCUGCUCGCUCAUGGGCAUUCCUCUCACACACUCAACGUCACUGCCGGUGGGCACGACGGCUACACUCACACACCUGGAAGACACGUUCACUGAACAGGUGCAGUCAUUAGCAAGGUCCAUCGAUGAAGCUUUAAGCAGCUGGAGUCUGGUACGAGACGGCGAGUCAGAGAAGUCCUCUGCGAUCCCUCCCUCUGGGUCUCAUCCUGAGGGGCUUCUGAUGGAAUCGUCCACCCAACAGGAGGCCACUCACAGCGGCUGUGUGGAGAACAUUCCCCGCAGCGCCAGUAAACUUAUGAUGGCUUUCAGGGACGUGACCGUUCAAAUUGACAACCGUAACUUUCGCCUGUCCUCAUCCAUGCUGGAGUCGGUAUCCCUGGGUAACGGCGUAUCCAAGGAGACUAGCUCAGAAGCCCAAAGAGGAGGACAGAACGCAGGCCUGUCGGAAACAUCAGUCACUGCCGAAUCUGAGUUUCUAGCGCCAUCAACCGGCGAGGAUGAGAAGGAAAAACAGCAACCAGCCGUAUCGGAUGUAGCGGGCAGAGGGGCGGGGCAGGAGAGGAAAUCAACCAGUCAGAUUGCGUCUGAGAUGGCGGAAAACAGUUCAGAACCUGUUAGUAGCAGCAGCACCUCGACGUCGGCAUGUGAGACAAUGAUUCUGUCUUUACCCCGUCCACACUGCCAGGACACGCCCUGCGGCACCCUCUCGACGGAUAUUGUCCGCAAACGUCUCUACCGUAUUGGACUCAACCUCUUCAACGUAAAUCCAGACAAAGGCAAUCAGUUCCUGAUAUCCAGGGGCUUCAUUCCAGACACCGCCAUAGGUGUAGCCCACUUCCUGUUACAGAGGAAGGGCUUGAGCCGACAGAUGAUUGGAGAGUUUCUGGGUAACAGCAAGAGACAAUUCAACAGAGAUGUCUUAGACUGUGUGGUGGAUGAGAUGGAUUUCUCAAUGCUGGAGUUGGAUGAAGCACUGAGGAAGUUUCAGUCUCAUGUGCGAGUUCAGGGCGAAGCUCAGAAAGUCGAGAGGCUCAUCGAAGCUUUCAGUCAGAGGUACUGUAUGUGUAACCCUGACGUGGUUCAACAGUUUCAUAACCCAGACACCAUCUUUAUCUUGGCCUUCGCUAUCGUACUGCUGAACACUGACAUGUACAGUCCCAACAUCAAACCAGAGCGCAAGAUGCUGUUAGAAGACUUCAUACGUAACCUCCGAGGGGUGGAUGAUGGGGCGGACAUUCCCCGUGAGAUGCUGGCUGGGAUUUACGAGCGGAUCCAGCAGAGGGAACUACGUUCCAAUGAGGAUCACGUGACGUAUGUUACCAGGGUGGAGCAGAGCAUUCUGGGAAUGAAAACAAUACUGUCGGUCCCUCACCGCAGGCUCGUGUGCUGCAGUCGUCUCUACGAGGUCACAGACGUCAACAAACCGCAGAAACAAGCAUCGCAUCAGAGGGAAGUCUUUCUCUUCAAUGAUCUCAUAGUGAUACUGAAGCUGUGUCCUAAGAAGAAGAGUACAGCCACAUAUACAUUCUGCAAAGCCAUGGGCUUACUGGGGAUGCAGUUCCAUCUGUUUGAGAAUGAGUAUUAUCCUCAUGGAAUUACGAUAUUGUCUCCGUUCUCCUCGGAGAAGAAGCAGGUGGUGAGUUUCUGUUCUCAGAGCGCCGACGAGCUGCUCAAGUUCAUAGAGGACCUGAGAGAGAGCAUCGCUGAGGUGGCCGAGAUGGAGCAGAUUCGCAUCGAGUGGGAACUAGAAAGACAACAAGUUGUGAGAAAUCAGACCAAGAAGAACGGAACACAGCUAGACAUCCACGCCGGACCGAGUUCUGCUUCAGGUGAUGACUUCUAUGACAAAACAGGAAGCAGCACAGUAGAGGUGUCAAUUCACAACAGGCUCCAAACGUACCAACUCAGCUCUCCUCUGGCCCCACCCAGCGCUCAGCAACAGCUGGCCGUCCUGCCUAGCCCCGGCUCCGCCCUCACCAUCUCCCCAGACACCCUCAUCCAGUGUCAGCAGAUCGUCAAGGUGAUCGUCGUCGACGCCGCCGGGCGCGGCCACGUGGAGGCGUUCCUCAGCCACAACCCCGCCCACCGCCUCAUCCAGUCGGCCGUCUCCACGCCCACCAGGUCGCGGGAGGGCGGCACGCAGCAGCCGCCCCUCCCACCGCCACCGCCUCCUUAUCAUCACCCGCAUCAGUUUUGCCCUCCCACCCCUCCGCCGCCGCGCCACCUGCUGAGCCAGCGCAGGUACUCCAGCGGGACACGCAGCCUGGUUUGAGUGCGCGUUUAAAAGAUGCUUCCGUGAGAAUUUACUCACCCUCUGGGUUUUACAAACCCUUGUGGUGUAAGGAAUAUUCUUUGAGGUCCACGAGAAAAAAACAGCCUACAGGUUUGGAACAUCGUGAGGGCUAGUGAAGAAUGGCAGCGUUUUCGUUUUGGCUCAAUGAAUCCUUAACCAAACUGCACGAACACGAAAUAGCACAAACAGCCCAUUGUGAAGUACCUGUCAAAAGACACUCAAGUUAAACUCUUACUGUAGGUCCUCAUGGCUUUAAAAGUGAAUCUAUAGAGUGAGUAGAUCUAGAGUAUGUUUAGAAGGGUUUCUUGCAUCUUGUUUUGAGUGUUUAUCGUUUCCUCUUAUGAUGUGUUUAUAUAAUUUGAGGUCAAAUGUCUUGUGCCCCUUGUUGGAUUCAGAUUUGCAUAUUUUGAGGAGUAUAAAAAGUGCCGUUGUGAAAUUUUGUGUAACUACACACCAACGUAAAAAUAACACAGUUAAGUAAACUUAUUGUAUUUUGGAUGGGCUAUAUGCACGCGUUACUUCCGUGUUUCACGGGAAGAACCCUCUGCAGUUUCCGGUUGGGGAGACUUAAAGUAGAGAGAAUUUGGAAACUGAGCAAAAUUGUGAAAUAUUUGCUGUUCUACUGUAUUUGAAAUGAUACUAACAUUUCAUUAUAACAUUCAAAAUGGUAGAAUGUCACUUCGACACAGGCCUACCACCAACAGCAUCUGCUAAAUUUUCUCUCUUUUAAAGAUCAGGUAGUUUCUGCCAAUCUCAUAUUAAUCUUGAGUACCUAUACAGUAUUAUUGCAUACGUCGUAUUUUCUAAGAGUAUUUAAGAGAGAUACGAUUAAGUAUACGAUUAUUUCCGGAAAAGACGAGCUGCUGGAGGUGUGCAGGGAAGAUGGAAACAUAGCACGAGCACACAACACAUCAUCGCAUUAAUCCCUUCCAUUUGUUUACAUUAUACACGUACGCGCCGAUUGCCAACAAAACUAUCACUUAGUUUGUCCAGCAUCUUUUAGCAUUGGGACCGCACCAUCUAUCAGUUUCAAACCAUCUCCAAAUCCAGCGUUAUAUCCACCGUCUAAAUAAUAAUAACUGAAAUGCUGUGAACAAACAAACACACCUCAACUGCAGCUGCAGGUUUACAGCGCAGCCAAUCGUGGUGCAGCGCAGCCAAUCUUGAUGGUAGGCUGUUCUCGCUUUGCUUUUCUGAGAGAAUUGCCCAAUAAAAGGAACAGGAUCCAGGUUACGAAACAGGGAUCCAGACUUAUAAAAAUCUUUCUGAAACAAGUUGAAGUGUCCUGGUGGAGUGCAUCAAGCACAGAAAUACUAUGUCCAACUCGUUUUUUAACAAAUUGACCAUGUCAAUCAUGAAAGCCAGCAUGUUUAACAUUGUAAAGAAAUCAGAAUGCAUGAAACAGUGUUAAAUCCCCCAGUGAAGUUAAAGUCUCCCCAACCUGAAUCUGCUUAGAUUUCUUUGUGUGAAUUGUGAAAGUAACGUGUGCAUAUAGCCCAUUGACAUGUGUCGACAAAAAUCACCCUCGUGCACAUGCGUUGAAUCUAAAGCCCAAAUCCAGUUUGCAUGUUUAUAAAUUGCACCUCGCAGCAUUCUGGGAAAAAAGUAACCCCUGACCUCAAACAAACUCCAUUUAAGUUCAUGAUUUAAAGACUUUAAUUUCGCCAUUAAAUGAUUUGUCACUGCCAAAAUGGCCCUAACUGGUGCCUUGCCACUACUUCAACUCAAAGUUCUUCAGUUAAAAACUGAAUUUGAGUAAAGAAGUUCUGUAGCAGCAGAUAAGCUGUACUGAAAUAAUCAAUGUCACAUGCAGGACAGAACCAAUUAACUUCUAAAGAUAUCUGUCAUGUGAUUGGUUAUCAAACAAUUUGGGGGAGUUUUUUUUUUGCUUUUGCAGUAUUGCCUAGUCAUCAAAUUGUUUUGUCAUUUUAAACAACACUCUUAAAAGCUACAACAACAUUGACAACUGAUGUAACAAUAUUAAUUUAUUUGAAACAAUGUAACAAUAUUAAUUUAUUUCAAUCAGAAAUGUAUCAUUUUCAUAUAUUUCUACAUGUUCAUUCUGCUGAACUUUUAAGCGUUGUGUAAUGUUAAUGAUUUAUUAAUGAUGGCUUUAAAGGAAAACUACAAACAUCUUCCAAUUUAGAAUCUGUUGAUGUGAAUUAGAAGAUUAUUAUUAUUAUUUUUAUUUUGAAGAUUAUAACAUACAUCAAUGAAAAUCUUUCCAAAUUGUAUUUUCACUUGACACGUGUGUUAUUCUAUUCCUUUCUUCGUGUCAAUAAAAAAGGAAUAUUUAUUUUAUUAGAAAGUCACACAGAUGUGAAGGCACUGAUGUAAUGAUGUGUCAGGAGUCAGAUCGUGUCAUAUCCAGCUGUUUAUUGAGUGUCGACUCAGUAGCGUGUAACUGUGAUUCAGCCUGGUGCUCAGGUAGCGUCAUGUGAUACCAGGUGCACAUCCAACCUCGGAGAAAAUAUUAAAUGUUAUAUAUAUACAUAUAUACUACAGGCUAUGACUGAGAAAUUGUAUAUUUUUUAAGCUCGUCACUUUAAUAUUGUUUAAAUUAUCUCAGAAAAUUUAGGAAUUAUGUAUUUGCAACUUAGAAGUCAUGUUUUGUGUAUUGCAUGUCACAACGGUUUCAUAUGUUCAUGUGCAGAUAUUUAAUUAAGAGUAUAUUUCAGAUGCUAAUAUUUAUGUUACUAUUUUAAUUUGGUUUGUUUUGAAUCACAAUAGCUAGUUUUCAUUUUGCAUAUUGUUUUUCAAGGCAUUAUUUAAAAUGAUGUCAUUCUGUGCUUGGACACAGAUACUACAGAAAAGCAGCAAAAAAUGUAUUUAUAAAUCUAUUUAUUCGUGAAGUAGGAUGAUCGAAAGCUUUACUGUAAGGUUUGCACAGCCGUGUGUAUUCAAUAGGGUACGACUGAUAUCCUCUCCGUCAUGUGUUCAAGAACAUUACACAUUCACCGAACACACUCCAAAAACAUUUCAUUUCUUUACUGGAAAGUUGUUGACCUUCACUGCUUUUUUUCUGGAAAAACUUUCAUUAACUCCAAAAAACUCUAAGAUCCAUUUGGCUUAGUUUCAGUCUCAUCAUUCUCAACGCAAAUUCUUCUUCAAAAUCUAUUUCACACAACACAACCCAGGAGGAAUGAAUGUGUCUGAAUUCAUCAUUCACUUUUGACUGGGGUCAAUGUGACCUUGAUGAAGGUCAAAGCAAUGGUCCAAUCUCACAGGUUUUUACAAUCUAUAUUUGUAUUGAGCACUAUUAUAAAGUUUUAUAUAGCAUAAAGAUACUUGAUACGCUCAUAUUCAUAUCCUGUACAGUAAAUGCAAUUUCACAAUAGCUGAAUCAUUAAACGUGAAGACAAGGAA